UUGUGUGAUGUUAUACUGAUUUUAUCCUGAUUUGUAAUGUAGUUCAUCCACAAGGCCAUACGGGGGCACUGUAGACCAUAACACAGACGAUUUUAUUUAGAUUACCAGGCCCCUCCCACAUUAAGAGCGUGACGAUGUCUUGUUGGGCUUUGACACAAAGGGACGCAGGAGCACAGAGAGAAGGCUGGGACAUUAGCUGCAUUGUGGACAGUAAAGAGGAAAAAGGAACACAGUUUCGGUCAAUACUCGACAUCAAUUAGACUUGUUUCUAUGUUGGUUUCACGUCGGAUUGGAUUAUGUCUUCAAUUAACAGGAGUCCUGUGGUGGCAUACGUGUUAUUUGUGCUGCUGGAUUGUUACUGGGAAGCAGUGUCCGGGCAGCUCUCCUACUCCAUAUCAGAAGAGGUGAAUCCGGGGACUUCUGUAGGAAAUAUAGCCAAGGAUCUAAACCUCAGUGUCGAUGAUCUGGAGUCUCGUAUGUUUCAGAUUGUUACCGGAUCUAAGAGAAAAAUCUUUGAGGUAAACCUAAAGACUGGUGUUCUCUUUGUCAAUGAUAGAAUAGACAGAGAGGAGCUCUGUGCGAAGGCGACAAAAUGCACAGUGAGCGUAGAGGCUGUGAUAAAUGCUCCAUUGAAGCUUUAUCGUUUAGAAAUAAAUAUUCUAGAUGUGAAUGACAAUUAUCCGUCUUUCAGUGCUAAUUCGCAAAGUAUCGAAAUAGCCGAAAGCACACUACCUGGGACUAAAUUCCUUGUGCUGUCGGCCUAUGAUGCCGAUGUAGGCAAAAAUGGCAUCAGUACAUACAAGCUAAAUCAAAAUGACCAUUUUUCAUUAGCGCUGAACAAAGGAGAGAGUGUGUCUGCUGAGCUAGUCCUCCAGAAACCUUUAGACCGAGAGAAGCAGCCUGUAAUUAAACUCACAUUGACUGCUGUAGACGGAGGGACACCACCGAAAUCCGGAACAUCACAGAUAAUAAUACAUGUCUUAGAUGUUAAUGACAACGUCCCAAUAUUUACAAAACUAUUGUAUAAAACAAGUAUUAAUGAAAAUGUACCGCUCGGUACAUCAAUAAUAACAGUAACGGCAACAGAUUCAGAUGCAGGACCAAACGGGGAGAUUUCAUAUUCACUGAGCAGCAAAGAUCAGGAUCAUGUCUUGGAAAUAUUUCAAAUUGAUGAGCUCACAGGAUUAAUAACAGUUAAGGGACAGAUUGACUUUGAAGAGCACCUGGCUUUUGAAAUCCGCGUGCAAGCUAGUGACAAAGGCUAUCCUCCAAUGGCAGCCCAGUGCAAAGUACUAAUAGAGGUGGUGGAUUUAAAUGACAAUACUCCUGAAAUAUCUGUAACAUCAUUAAUUAACAGAGUGAAAGAGGAUGCAAAAAUAGGCACUGCUGUUGCACUUGUGUCAGUCCUGGACAGAGAUGGAGGCAAAAAUGGAGCAGUUCAUUGUAACAUUAAAAAUGACAGCCCCUUUAAAUUGGAAACAAAUUACAAAAACUAUUACUCUUUGGUAGUAGACGGACAGCUAGACAGAGAGAGUGCAUCACAUUAUAAUGUCACGAUCACAGCUACAGAUGAUGGAAUCCCUGCUCUCACGAGCACCAGUGAUCUUACAGUUUAUAUUUCUGAUGUCAAUGACAACUCGCCUCGUUUUUCAGACACUUUAAUUCAUGUAUAUUUAAAAGAGAACAGUCCUGUCGGAGCCGUUCUAAAAAGAAUAUCUGCAGUUGAUGCAGACAUUGAUCAAAAUGCCCAGGUAAGCUACUCAAUUGUGGAAAGUAACAGUAACUCAUUGCCGUUAUCUACAAUGGUGAACAUCAACUCAGAGACUGGAGAUAUAGUCAGCCUGCAGUCUUUUAACUAUGAGGAGUUAAACACGUUUCAGUUUAAAGUUCAGGCCACAGACUCUGGUGUUCCUCCGCUCAGCAGCAACGUGACUGUGAACGUUUUAAUCCUGGAUGAAAAUGACAAUAAUCCAACAAUUCUCGCGCCCUAUUCUGAGCACGGCUCCGUUAACAGUGAGAGCAUCCCCUAUUCUGCUGAAGCGGGAUACUUUGUGGCAAAGAUCAGGGCUGUAGACGCAGACUCUGGAUACAAUGCUCUGCUUUCUUAUCACCUGUCUGAGCCCAAAGGAAACAACCUCUUCCGGAUCGGAACCAGCACCGGAGAAAUCAGGACUAAGAGGAGAAUGAGUGACAAUGACCUGAAAACUCACCCCUUGGUGGUGUUGGUUUCUGAUAACGGAGAACCCUCCCUGUCAGCUACUGUGUCUAUUGAUGUGGUGGUGGUUGAAAGCACAGCUGACAUCCAGACUCAGUUCAGACAUGUGCCCAUAAAGGAGGAGAGCUUCUCUGAUUUAAACCUGUAUCUGCUGAUCGCCAUCGUGUCGGUGUCAGUGAUCUUUCUGCUGAGUCUCAUCAGUUUAAUAGCUGUCAGAUGCCACAGGACGGACGGCAGUUUCAGCAGGUACAGCGCCCCAAUGAUCACCACCCACCCUGACGGGAGCUGGUCUUACUCUAAAUCUACUCAGCAGUAUGACGUGUGUUUCAGCUCAGACACGCUGAAGAGUGACGUAGUGGUUUUCCCCGCACCGUUUCCGCCUGUAGAUGCUGAGCUGAUCAGUAUUAACGGAGGAGACACUUUUACCAGAACUCAGACUUUACCUAACACAGACAAGGUAAGAGAUUAAAUACAUUAAGUACUC